GUAUACAGUCUCAUGUUCUUCAGCAAGAUGUCAGAGAUUAAUUGUGACCAUAAGAGAAAUUGAGAAGCCAUCGAGGAGGAAGAGGAGGAGACAAUAGAUGUUGAUAAUGAACAACAAGAAGAAGAGAUGCUUCCAGAUUCCCCAAAUUCUUCAGAAGCAUGUAUUCAUGGACAUCCUGUGUAGAAAAGUAGAAUCUGAUUUUGAACUCAAGCAGCUGGUAGAAGAAGAGCUUUUUCAAUCCCUUAAGAAUGCAGUUGAAGAUGGUGAACAGGUCUCAACUUUUGUUUCCGGAGUGAAAAAGCUUUUUGAGAGUGAUGUGUUUAUUCAGGCAUGUGCUGAGGCACAUAUUGAGGAUCCGUACUUGCUCAUUGAGUUAGGGUGUAGACUUGAUGCGGAAAGCAACGAACGCAUGGAAGCUCUUAUGAGGGACACAUUCUUCCAACCCAUUUUGCAAGAGACACUACCCGAUGCCAUUAUUAGAGGGGUCUUGUCUGUUGUUUUUGGAUAUUGGGGUGAUAAAGAAAAAGCAGUUACUGCAGAACAGAAGAAAAUUCCCAAACCUGAUCGUGGACCUCCAGUGGAGAUGGUGUAUGAUAAUAUUCUGAAUAUUGAUGUCUCUUCUGACACUGAGGGUUUGAAAGAAGCAUUGACCAGUAGAUACCAAAACGAUCCUAACCACGAUUACAAUCAUAUAUGCGAAGAGGAUGACAGCAACCUUUGGUCUGACCACCUUGAAUUCCCAACAGGCUUGAUUUCGGGCUUUCCAGAUAGCCCAACAGGGCGUAGACUUGAUGCGGAAUGCAACGAACGAAUGGAAGCUCUCAUGAGGGACACAUUCUUCCAACCCAUUUUGCAAGAGACACAACCCGAUGCCAUUAUUAGGUGUCUGAAGCAGUUACUGCAGAACGGAAGAAAAUUCCCAAACCUGAUCGCGGACCUCCAGUGGAGAUGGUGUAUGAUGAUAUUCCGAAUAUUGAUGUCUCUUCUGACAUUGAGGUAGAAUCCUUUUUUUUGUUUAGUUCAGUGCUUUAAUAUUUUUCCUGUGUUUUAACAAUGUUCAUUCUGGCUCUGAGAAAUUAAGGGCAUGCUUGAUUUUGAGGGGAGGAGGACAAUCCCUCUUCCUUCAUCCCCUCUCUUUCAUCUCUUCGAACGGAAAAGGACUUCAUUAUUGCAAGUCACUAGAUCAAUAUUUAUUAAUACUCAUUAACAUUUAUCAAUGAAAUCUCUAGGGUUUG